AUGUUUUUCUCCAAGAUCUUCAUCGCCGCGGCCGCUCUGGUCCUCGCCUCUGCCCUUCAAGUCCAGGCCCACACUGUCAUCCAGCCCAUGCUCGGCCUCGGGCGUGACGCGGUCCGCAACGACGCAUUCGAGCCUGCGGACAACCAGCUGUGUGGGAACGUCGACAUCGCGAGCACGUUCGACUCCUCGCCCACGAUCGCUGUUAAGUCCGACCACACCUUCCAGGCGACGAUCCGCAACUUCAACUCCGGUGUGGACGGCUCGCGCCAGAUCGUUGAAGCCAAGUUCGACCCCACCGGCACCGGCAACUCCUUCCAGGACAUGAAGAUCCUCAUCAACGGCCAGCGCUCGCCGUCCGACGAGUCCGGUUCCGAGCAGGUCUUCUUCCAGCUCCUUGGCGACUGCAAGGGCGGCGCGAAUGGCAAGAAGUGCCUCGUCGCUUUGAAGGCCGCCGGCGGUUUCGGGAACUGCAUCGUCGUCGAGCAGCGCAAGGGGCGCUCGGGCCGCAGCGUCGCGGCGGUGCGGAGGGAGCCUCGCGCGGAGGCGUCCACGCACGAGCACGACGCGCGCGCGAUCGGCGCGACGGUGCACACGACGGCGAAGCGCGCGGAUGUCGGGCUGCCUCCCCAGCGGCGGCGGGCUGUCCCCAAGUUCGCGCGCGACCACUCGGUCGACGCAUGA